ACCGUCGCAGUUAGAGCCAGGCGACGCGCAUGCUGUGUUGGGAACAAAAGAAACAUGUCACAAAAUGGCGGGGCUGUUGCAGAAAGACCAGACUUAAAACCAGAAGGACAAACUGACGUUGAAAGGUGGAAAUGGAACCGGAUGAAGGUGUUCCACUGGGUGUUCGUUGCGUCGGCCGUGAUCUACGCCAUGUGGAGGUUUUCGACGAACGAAGAGAAUGCUUUCCUCCAGCAAGAAAAACGAGGUGGGUUCAGACAGAGCCCGUAUGGCCUUCAGCGAAAACAGGAUGACACGAACUGGGAUUGGACGACUGUGCGGUCUUUUGUUACGUCGAAUUGGAAGUGGUUCAUUCUGCACCCUUUGCUGGGCAGGGCAACCGCCGGCAUCGCGCCGUCGCUAGUGCCGGUGUUCUACGCUGUCUACACAUCGGUCUUUGUGGCUCUCCGGAUAGGCUGGGAAGUGGCACUCGCUUUUCUGGGACAGCACGCUGCAUUCUUCGCCUUGUGCGCCUUGCGCGUGCCCGCGUUCUGCUACGUCCUCGCAUUUCUCAUGAUCGUGCAGAAGAAUUUCUUUGAGACAACCUUCUUCCACCACAUCUACGACAAGUACGGGUACGAGGCUCACAUGGUGACCUACAUCACCUUCCACUGGAACAUACUGCGCUGCCUUAGUUUCAGCGUGGACGUAAUCUGCGCUGAGCGAAGCAAGCCCGAGGAGAGUCGCACCAAGUGGCCACCGUACUGGAAGACGUUGGCCUACGUGAUCUACAUGCCAACGGUGUACCUGGGACCACUUCAAAACUACGAUGACUACUCGGCACAGGUAGACAAGCCGAGGCCACCAUGCACUCCACGCGAAGUAGGCACCGCCAUCUUCGGUGUGCUGCGGAGCGCGGCUCACUUUCUUCUGAUGGAAGUCAUGACCCACUGCCUCUACAGUUCGGCCAUGUCCGAGUGGCCCUGGAUGGUUGGGAAGCUUGAUCCCACCAGCCUCGUCGGCUUCGGCCUUGCCCUACUGUUCUUCUUCUACGUUCACUACACGUUCGCCUACGGCUUCGCCGGUGCCCUGGCCCGCGCCGAAGGAAUCGAGAUCCCGCCGCAUGCAAAGUGCAUAGCGAGGCUGAGCCGAUGCUCUCAGUUCUGGAGGUACUUUGACAGAGGAAUGCACCUAUUCAUUCGAAGGUAUUUCUACGAGCCCAUGGUAGGCAGCCGCAGAGGCGCUGGGUGGUUGCUCCUGGGAGGUGCGGCAUCCUUCGCCUUCACCUGGUUCUGGCACGACAUGGAGAAGGCGGACGGGAUAUUUUGUGCACUCAGCCUGCUCGGCAUCGCCCUGGAAGUCCUAGUAGCCGAGGCCAGGAAAUCGGCGUUCGCCAAAGCACUCGAGGGUCGGUACCUGGCGACGCCUGGACGACUGCGAGAGGCCAGAGCAUUGCUGGGCUCCCCGCACUACCUGCUCACCAUCUGCGCUUGCAUGUUCCACCUGGCUGAACUGGACGUCGUGCUGAUCCUCUGCAGAGGAGUACUUCUUGGUUUUCCCUUCCCACUCGUACCUGUGCUGGUGGUCCUGUACAGCGCCUGCCACAUCUCCUUCGACGUUGCACAGUGGGAAGCAACGGCGAAGGGAAAACAAGCAUAGCAACUACGAGACGCCGUGUUCUUCCACGAAAUCAUACGCCCGCCCAUGCCGCUGGGGUGGAAAGCCAGUCUCUUCCUGACCUUUCCUUGCUCAUCCGCUAUAUUGUGGAACUUUGCUCCAUAGCUAGUUCCUUGUUUGUUUGCCA